AAUGCUGAUCCACUUAAAAGACCAACUAUUGAAAAGCUUUGUGAAUUCGCUAAUUAUGAACUUAUAAAUAUCUAUAGAAAGUCCAAUAAUACUAUUUUAAUUUUACCAAUUUCCAAUCUAGAAAAUAUAAAUAAACCACAUCCACUUGCAUCUUCAUCAAGUAGAAUAUUAAGUGGAGUUAUUCCUAAGUCAAUUGAAAUUUCAAAGUAUGUGACUUCACAAUAUAAUCUUACAUUAUCUGAAGAAAUGUCCGAAGUUCAAAAUAAAUAA